UCCCCUCGCGGAGACUUUUCCGUUUGGGGCGAUUCGCGCGUCCCCUGGUUGGGACGGGCUCGGGUCUUGCUUCGCUUUAUUUGAGGGUCUUCUGGGCUUUCAGCUUCCCUAUCCUCUUUUCUCCACUUGGCACACGCGCUGCCGCUGCGUCUCGGUACAGCAUUGGGCGAGUUAAUUCGUCUCCCCGGUGCGCUUCUGUAAAAAGGCGAUGUUAGUUUCGUGAACGGGCGGGCCCUGGUGGCAAUGUUAAACGCUCGGCUGGUAACCGAACGGUUGGCAGUUCAAAUCCACCGGCCGCUCCUAGGGAAAAAGGACCUGGUGAUCUAUCUGCUGUCUUCAGGAUUACAGCCUAGAAAACCCUAUGGGGCAGUUCUACUCUGUCCUGUAGGGUCACUAUGAGUCGGAAUCGACUCGACGGCAAACAACAAAUAUUUUCAUAAUAUAAUUGUUUUGAGAAUUAAAAGAGGUAGUAUAAGUAAGCGUCUUAAAACACUUCCUGGCACGUCAUGAAUGGUACUGUCUGGUUGAUUCCGAGUCAUGGCGACUUCGUCGUUGUUAGUACUAGUGUUUAGUUUCCCGAGAAGUGCCCCUAUGGGUCCCUGUUAAUAAGUAGGAAACCGACGCUCGGGUGAACACAGUGACUAAGUCUUCCUUCUCACAGCCCUGUGUGAUAAGACAUAUGUUAACCAAAACCUCAUUUGAAGUUUGUGCAAAGAAUUUAAGUUCACCAAAAAAUAAAUUAUCCUUUGCCCUUGUUUCCUGAGGGGACAAUUCUAAGUUUUUGAAAUUUCCUGAACAGUUGAGGUGUUUUUUUUUGUUUUAAAACCUCCAGACUGUACCUGAGGGAUUGUGCAAGUGAAUGGGGGGUUGGUCGGGACAGAGAGCGCUUAGUAUUCUGACGGGAGUUGAUGGUAGCAUGGUUCAAACAAUCAGGUUAAGAGUAGCCGAAGGUAUUUUCUAUUGUAUUUCUUCCUCCUCUCUUUAAAAACCCCAUUGUAAAAACUGUCAUCAAUGACAGUGAAUUGUAAAUGUGGAGGUUGGUGUGUUGUGGAAUGCUUUUAUUGUGUAUUUUAACCACCAUUUUAAAAAAGAGCUUAAUUGUAACUGCCCCAGUUUGGGCCCUCCUGUUUUUCCUAAACAGGGGUCUUCCUUGUAUACAUACUGACUUACCUGCUGGAAUGAACCCUGUAUGUUUUCAUUUCUUCAUUUUUUUUUUUUUUUUUCAACACUUUGAAUCAGGGAUACUGUCAGAGCUCCAACUGCAGUGACCCUGACCCUCCUUGCAUCUGAGUAGGGCAGGAAGAUAGAUCUUCAUGGAUCCCUUUUGACCUCUUUUCUUACUAAGGAGGGGGUUGCUUGAAGCCCGUCAGAAAACCAAACCUGUUGCCGAUGAGUCGAUUUCGACUCCUAGUGACCCUACAAGACAGAACAGAACUGCCCUGUAGGGUUUCCAAGGAGCGGCUGGUGGACUUGAACUGCUGCUCACCUUUUGGUCAGCAGCAGAGCUCUUAACCACUAUGCCACCAGGGCUCCGGCUGGUCGGAGUAAUGAGAAUAAACUCUGGUGUGUAGGGGACAGUGAUGCAGUCGUUGUAAUUCACAGCCUCCUUUCUUUCACCAGCCCCCACGUCUCCAACAGGACGGCACGGAGGUGGAGGCAGUGACUUCUUGGCUACUGGUAGGAGAGCCCCAGUUCGGCAUUCCCAGGACUGCGUAUCUGAGGACUCUGUACAUCACCAGAAGUAGGAAGAAAAAUGAGCACGUUCACGGAAUCGGUGACAUUCAAGGACGUGGCUGUGGUCUUCACUGAGGAGGAGCUGGGGCUGCUGAACCCUGCCCAAAAGAAGCUGUACCAAGAUGUGAUGGUUGAGAACUUCAGGAACCUGAUGUCAGUGGGAGGCAAGAACCCAAGGCAGGUGGAGACUGUUCCACAAGCAGGAGCACAGGAGGACCUUUCCAGCUUGCAUAUCUGGCAACAAAUUGCAAGUGACUUAACCAGGUGGCAAGAUUCCAUGAUAAAUAAGUCUCAGUUCUACAAACAAGGUGAUUCACCCUCUUCAGUUCCAGGUGGACUAUUUAAUAUUCACACAGGAGAGACACCUCACCAGUGUAACGAAUGUACAGAAACCUUCAGUGAUGUCUCCAGCUUUGAUCUUCAUCAGCGAUUACACUCAGAAGAGAAGUCUCUCACAUGUUGUGAGUGUGGAAAAAGCUUCCGUUAUAUCUCACGUCUUCGUAAUCAUCAGAGAGCUCACAUGGGAAAGAACUGCUAUAAGCAUGAUGAGUGUGGUAAGGAAUUUAGUCAGAGCUCACAUCCGCGAAGUCCUCUGAAUGUCCACGCUAUGGCGAAACUGCACAAAUGUGAGGAAUGUGGGAAAUGCUUCAGGCAUAGAGCAGCACUUACUGUUCAUUGCAAAGGCCACAAGGGAGUGAAAUCUUAUAAAUGUAAAGAAUGUGGGAAGGCUUUUAUUUAUCUUUUGCAUUUUCAGGAACAUCAGAGAAUCCACACUGGAGAGAAAACAUUCAGAUGUGAUACAUGUGGUAAGAACUUUCGUUGUAGAGCAACAUUUAAUACUCAUUGCAUGGCCCAUAUGAGAGGGAAACCUUACAAAUGUGAAGAGUGUGGGAAAAGCUUUGCCUGUAAUGCAUAUCUUUAUAACCAUCAGAGGGUUCACAGAGGAGAAAAACCUUAUAAGUGUGAGGAAGGUGGUAAGACCUUCAUUCAUCCUUUGCAAUUUCAGGACCAUCAAAGAGUUCACAUUGCAGAAAAUCCAUAUAUAUUUAACCUGUAUGGAAUAGACUUCAUUUACAAUUCAGAUUUGCAUUCCCAUCAGGGAGUCCACAUGGGAGAAAAACCAUACAAAUGUGGUAUGUGUGGUAAGGGUUUCAGUCGGAGUUCGUAUCUUAAAGUCCAUCAUAAGGUCCACAGUGUUGAGAAACCUUUUAAGUGUGAGGAAUGUGGGCAAAGUUUCCACUGGAGUUCAAGACUUCAAGUUCAUCAGCUGAUCCAUACUGGUGUUAAACCAUACAAAUGUGAAGAAUGUGGGAAGGGUUUCAGGCAGGCUGCACAUCUUUUGACCCAUCAGAGAGUUCACAGUGGAGAAAAACCAUUCAAAUGUGAAGAGUGUGGGAAGUACUUUAGUACUAGACAAAAUCUUCACGUUCAUUGUAGAAUCCAUAAAGGAGAGAAAUCCUACAAUUGUGUGGAGUGUGGGAAGGGCUUCAGGCAGGCUGCACAUCUUUUGACCCAUCAGAGAGUCCACAGUGGAGAAAAACCAUUCAAAUGUGAAGAGUGUGCUAAGUACUUCAGUAGUAGAUCAAAUCUAAAAACUCAUCUUAGAAUCCACACAGGAGAAAAAUCGUAUAAUUGUGAGGAGUGUGGGAAGGGCUUCAGGCAUGCUGCAAAUCUUUUGACCCAUCAGAGAGUACACAGUGGAGAAAAACCAUUCAAAUGUGAAGAAUGUGGGAAGUACUUCAGUAGUAGAACAAAUCUUCAAACUCACGGUAGAAUCCACACAGGAGAGAAAUCCUAUAGUUGUGAGGAGUGUGGGAAGGGUUUCAGGCAAGCUGCACAUCUUUUGACCCAUCAGAGAGUCCACAGUGGAGAAAAACCCUUCAAAUGUGAAGAGUGUGGAAAAAGCUUCUGUCAGAAUUCACACCUUCAAGCCCAUCAAAGAGUCCAUAAUGAAGAAAAGCCAUACAAAUGUGAAGAGUGUGGGAAGGGCUUCAAAUGGAGUGAGAAUCUUAACACUCAUCGGAGGGUCCACACAGGAGCGAAACCAUAUAAGUGUGAGGAGUGUGGUAAGUACUUCAGUCACGCCUCAAGUCUUCAGCAUCAUGAGCUUGUACACACUGGCGAGAAACUGUACAAACGUGUGUGGUAAAAUCUUCAGUUAAUCUUCACAACUAUAAUCUCACUAGAGAGUUCACACUGGGGAGAAACCUUAGUAGUGUGAGAUCUGUGGUAGCAGCUUCACUUGGAGAUCAAAUCAUAUAAAUCACAAAAUCCAUGCUGGUGAUAAAUUUUUCCGUAAGUAAUAGUAGUGGUAAAAACAUCUGAGAAUCCUCACAGGAAAAAUUCCUACAAAAUACAGGUUUUUAACAAUGUAUGUGAAACCUGAAUUCUUGUAAUCCUCAGGUCUCUUUCUGCUAAGAAGAUAUGCAGAUGACAAGGAAGCAGUUGAAAAGAAGCUCAGCCUUACAGGUCAUUAGGGAAAUGUAAAUCAAAACCACAAUGAGAAAUCAGUUUAUACCCACUAGGAUGGUAUUAUAAAAAAUCACAAUGAAAAAUAAUAAGGAUUAUUGACGAUGUGGAGAAAUUGUAACCUUUAUCCAUUGUAGGUGGGAAUGUAAAAUGGUGCAGCUGCCAUGGAAUAUAGUUUUUCAGUUCCCAUCUUAAUUUCUUAGUACUGAUGUUACACAAAUUCCACAAAUUGGUGGCUUUAAAGGACAGAAAUGUAUUUUUUCACAGUUCAGACAGAAGUUAAAUUCAGAGUGUGGUUUCUAGAGGUAGGUCCUUCUUUAUCUAUUUCAGCUUCUAGUAGGAGGUAAUCCUUAGAGUUCCUGGGCUUGUAAAUCAAUCUACCUCCAUCUUCGUGAGCUAGUGCCUAUCUUCCCUGGUGUCUGGGUAUGUCUGUGUCUCUGCUUAUCUUUAUAUAACUUAGAAGUGGUUAGGUUUAGGAUCUCCCUGCAUUGGUUUGACCUCAACUGAUUGAUUAGUUACAUUACAUUAGAUGGCAUUAUGGAAGGCCAUUACGUUACAGCCACAGGAAUAGGGGUUAAGAUUGCAGCCCGUUUUAUGGGCAUACUUCAAUCCAUGAUUUAAAAUUUAAAAAAAGCCUUUGCUGUCGAAUCAAUUCUGAUCAUAUCGACCCUAUGGGACAGAGGAGAACUGUCCCAUACAGUUCCCAAGGAGUGCCUGGUGGAUUCAGACUGCUGGGCUUGUGGUUCGCAGCCAUAGCUCGUAACCUCUGCACCACCAGCGUUUUCUCAAUCCAUGAUAGUUCCUCAGAAACUUAAACAUAGUAUUACCAUAUGACCCAGUCAUUAACUCCUAGGUGUAUACCCCAUAGACUUUAAAACAGAUAAAUACUUGUAAUCGAAUGUUCAUAACCACAUGGUUCACAAUAGGUAAAAGGUGAAAACAACCCAAAUAUCCUUCAGUGGAUCAGUGUAUAAACAAAAUGUGACAUAUGCAUACAGUGUAAUAUUUAGCCAUAAAGAGAAAUGAAAUACAUGCUGACGUGGAUAAAACGUUACGCUAAGCCAAACCUAGAAAUGGUCAUAUAUGAUUACAUUUAUAUGCACUAUCCAUAAUUGGUAAA